CUUCAGUACCUCCCUGGAUGCCUGUCUCACACAGCUUCAGGAAAACAUUUUCAGGUUGAACCCUCAGCUUUUGCGCCACUUUUCCAAAUAAAGAAAAAAACAAGCAUGAAGUUGAAAUAACGCAGAGCGAACCCACCCUCAGCUUGGCCUUUUCACAUAAGAGUGAGGCAUCCUUCUAUCAAAGUUUAAUGGUUUCUAACUCUGACCUGUUGUAAACUCCCACAUGUUAAUUACAAGGCAGGCAUUCUAACCAUGAAGAUAGGCUGAAAGGAAGCUUUUGUGAAGCCCUGUAUGGCGAUCAUCCCGGAAGGCUGGGAGAUUUAAUUUGAAUUCACCUCCCCAUUGGACAAAAGGCACACGGGGGUUGAGCCAAUGAGAAGUGAAAGAUCUCCAAGAAGGAAGAGGAAGAAUACAUGCACAAACUUCCACGCCUCCCAAGUGACUCAAUGCGUUGAGGAAGAGCUACCGAACGCGUGCCAGAGGAUUUGAUGAGCUGAAGGACCGCUUCUGUACUCCGUAAUCCAAACAUCAAAUUUAAUUUGAUGGGCAAAAGAACCAAUGGAAAUAUGAGGGAAAGCACUUCAAUGUGAAUUUACGAUCUUGAACACACUGCUUGAAAGGAGUGAUUCAUUUGAAAGCAUCUUUUGAAAACUUGUCGUCAGUACUUCUGCUCGUACAUCCUGCUUUUCGUGGAGAUGGCAUACAUGGUUAUUGAGGAGCAAACAGAUUCAAUCCUUCAUCUUAAAAGAUCUCCUGGUAUCAGGUCCUGGUCUGUGUUAGUUGGAAUUGGCUCUAUUGGUUUAGCUGCUGCUUACUAUAGUACAGACAAUUUGGGAUGGAAGUUGUUCUAUGUUGUGGGCUGUUUAUUUGUGGCCGUACAAAACUUGGAAGACUGGGAGGAAGUCAUAUUUGACAAGAAUAAAGGGAAUGCAGUUCUUAAAAAUUUUAACCUUUAUACAAGGAUAUUGACCAUGUGGAAUAAAAGUCAAGAACAAGUGGUGGCACAGCUCCAGCAUAUUCGUGCCGUUACUGUAGAGGAGGAGAGGGUCCGCUAUUUGGGAAAAGGAUACCUUGUGGUACUGCGGUUUGCAACUGGGUUUUCACACCCAAUUACUCAAAGUGCAGUGUUAAGUAAUCGAAGUGAUGUUGCUGCUGUAGCACAACUUAUAACUAACUUUCUAAACCUUAACAAACCAUCCGUUGAAGAUAAAAUGGGAUUGUCUCUAGACAGUAGUGAUGGCACUGGCAGUGAUAAUGAAAAGAACUGAAGAUUAUUAGCGAGAAACAUUUUGCGGACAUUAAGCAUACAACCAAAAGUAAACACAGGGCUUUUAAAGUCUGCACAUUUGAGGAACAUUAAAGAAUCAGCCUUAAACAAACUGGCUGUGAAACUGCACAGGAAGCAAUGUCCAGCUCUUAGUUACAUGCUGCAAUGCCAACUUCUUUGCUGGUGAAAUAAGACACUAUAAUUUUUAGUAUUUCAGUGUUGCUGAUGUAACGCUUUGGCAGAACGCUACUUUGAUCAAAUGCACAAAAAAAGCUUUAAAAUACAAUAACUAGUUACGUCUGAAAUAUUGAAUGGAGAACCUUUGUUUCAGUUGUGACUAUCCUUACAAGCGUCUUCUGUUUAUUGUCUUUUUCAAUUCACUUUGUGUUUUCUUCUAAAGCAAAACCUAAUCAAUUGAUUAUGUAUAAAAUGAAAGAAUGCAAUGAAAAACUGCAGAUUAUUUGUAUAUUUCAGUAAAACCAAAAACAUAGACAAGGAGUCAUUAGUGUUUAAAGGCUGAGAGCUUUCAUAGUAUAUCAAAAAGUGUGUUUGGAUAAAUAUAUUUUGUACACAAUUGUCUUAUGAGGGUACUAUAUUUAAGAGAGAUGGAGUAAAAGCAUGAUUCAAUGCUGAACACCCUGUCCAGCUGAAACUUAAUUUUGCAAGGGACAUAGAGAUGUGACGUUGGCAGACUUUCCAGUUUGGGUAUUGGCCUGCUGAAAAGAUUAGAGGCUGACAAUAUUACACUGAGCACCUCAUCACCUCGGCCUGUGUACCAUACACAAUUCACAGUUCAGGAACAUGAUAGAACACUCCCUUGAUCAGUGCAGUUCCACCAAUGCUCAAAAAGCUUGACAGCAUCCAGACAAAGCAGUUUUGUCAAUUGGGACCUCAUCAACAACAUUAAACAUUGAUUCUCUCCACCAAUGCAGUAACAGCAUCGUGUACUAUCACCAGGUUCACAGCAGCACUUUCCAAACCAGUGAUCUCCGCGACCCAAAAGGAAAAGGCCAGCAAACUCAAAAGGACACCACCACUUACAAAAUUCCCUUCAAAGCCCCACAUCAUCCUGAUGUGAAUUAAUAUAGUUGUUCCAGCAUGGGCGCUGAGCCAAUAUCCAGAAACUCCACACCGUGUGGACAGCAGCAAAUGAAGAAGGUGACUCAUGAGUACUUUCGAAGGGUAAUUAGGCACCGGCAAUAAAUGCUGACUUUGUCAGCAAUGCCAUGUGUCAUGAAAAAAACAAAUGAAAUGUACUAUAAAUUACAUCUGCUCCUUGGGAAGGGGAUGGAGACAGUGAAAUCUUGAUUUGAUAAAUCUUAAGUGUCAGUAAAGGCCUAAUCUAUCCGUUUGGCAUAGAUGUACAUUAGGUUUCACAUUGUAUGUAUUCAUUGGUUAUAUUCAUGAUGGGAGAGAGGUAAAUUAAUCUGUAUGAAUUUGGCAGGUAAGAGUUUGGGUCACGUUUUUCAGGUCAUUGAAAACUUGGAGUCUACAAAAUGAGGAAUGGAGCCAGCUACUCAAACUCAUGAGUUUGCAUGCUGGCAGGACAGCUCUAUCUCAGUAUUCUGGCUUGCUGGGGAUGGAUGAAAAGCCCACUUGAUGCUGGAACUCGAUUCAUUUCCCAAAAUGUCAAUGAAAUGUGAUUGAAUUGCAAAAGCUGCAAUAAUAAUAAAAACAUUUCAUACUAUUUGCCAAUGCACAUGAAUAACCUUGGCAUGGAAAAGAAAUGUCUAAAAGUCACCACAACAAGUUGCAUUGUAAAGCUCUUGGCUAUUUUCACUGUCAUUCUGAUUAACUAAUGUGUAUAUCUGUUACUUUUCAAUAAAGCUGUCUCAGUAAG